AUAGGACGAGAAGGCUGGUUGCGGAAUGAAACUAAGGUACCGGAAGCGGAUCGCAGCGAUUAAAAUCGUGACGCGUGGUCGUCGGAACCCACGGGGCCCCGGUUUCGUCGGCCCUGAACCGUCGCGACGUCUCGCGCAUGCGCAUAAGAGAGCAGCGAUCCAGCUGUGCGUUGAGCAAUGGCGGCUUCCCCUCGCCCCGCGGCGGGCAGCUCGCACGUCAGUCCGACAGACCCGAGUAAUAAUUCUCACGAACCAAUAUGGCGGACUCGGGAGCCCCGACCGAGCUGGGUCUCGUUAAAGGUGAAAAAAUCCUCGUGAGCGUGGAAUCAAUGCUGCCAGACAUCGUUGUCGUGUCGUUUGAACACGGGACUAAAUUGUUUCAAGGGGCGCUGCUCGACGCUACGAAAAGAGGAUUGCCAUGCGGCGUUCAACUUCCGGAAGCAGUCCCCGGCGGGGAUGGAGACAAGUUCGCAUCGAUCGGAGCAAGGUUCAGUUACUUCCAAGAGAAACGUGCCGCGUUGCAGGUUAACACGCCGGCGAAGAUUGACCUUCGUAGGAACAUAAAUCCACCGGCGCGUUACAAAAAUGCCCGGCCGACGGUGCGUCUCAGGCCGCGACAGGUUCUCUGCAGCAAGUGCAGGUCGAUAUGUAACGAGAACAGCGAAAACGUUGACGUUAGCAGGAAGCGGAAACUCGCGGAGGAAACUACGCCGACGAGACGGAGCGACAGGAGUCGAUGUCAGCCGACGACGGCGAAGGGUCAGCGGAAUCUCUUCGCCGAGAACCAGACGGAAAACACCGGACCGUCGCCUGCCCAGCUUUCAAAGACACCGGGGCUGCAGUGCGGCACUGAUUCCGGUAAGAUGAAUCCCUCCCUGAUACCGAAACUCUCGAGGCUCCGUCCCAACGAGAUAAACGAGGCCACUCAGGCCGGCGGCGGCGACAAGGGGAAACAGCAGCCGCAGAUUUCCGGUGGCUCGGGGUCCUCCUCGUCCUCCUACUGGUCCAAGGACGAAGAGGACUCGCCCGGAAAACCGGAGGACGGUAGGGACGAGGCUGGUAAACGGAAUCGGUCAUCCGAAUUCGUCGGGAAUCCAUCGACCGCGUAUUCCGCACGGCCAAGGCGCCUCAGCAGCUCCUCGGUUGAGAGCGCGAAGGUACCUGACGAGGAGGACAAGAAGACCCUGGCCGCCGCCGACUCAACGAUGAGGCUGCGAACCGGCGGCGGUGGACGGGUAUCGAGGAAGAAGAGGUCCGUCGGUUCGAUGGAGGACCUCUGGGACGAGUCGGUGUUCGAGGACCCGAGCAGGACGGCGCGGACGACGCCGGUUAUCAAGAUAUCUUUCGGCACGCAGGGCGAGGGGACGGUGAUGAAGAUACCCGCGAAGAUACAAUGCAGCCCCUUCGACAGGGAUGGCGAAACCGACACCGAGGACACCCAGGACGCCGGCGUUGAGUUGCACGAGCGCGAUCCUCUCGAACUCCUCGAGCAGACUCCGAUCGUCGACUUGACGCAGCUCGACGAGAACGAGGAGGAGCUACGCCACGAGGCUCAACUUCAGCAGCAGCUCGGCCUCGGAGGUGGAAAGGACGCCAGUGCAAAGGCGGCCAAGCGGGCGCUCAAGAAGGCCAAGAAGGAGGCCAGGAGGAAGAUGCUCGGUGGUGUUUCUCCGGCCAGAUCACCCUGCAACGGAUCCCCAAGGUACAACCCGACGUCGGAUGCGCUCUCGUACCACCGUCGGAGGCACAAGGUAAAGCACAAGAAGAAGCACAAGGAGGAGCGAAAGCACAAGGGAGGUCAGGGUCAGAAUGGCACGGUAGUCCAGCAGGAACAGCAGGAGGAUGUCGUCGUCGGAGGAACGGUCGGGGAUCAACAGCAAAAAUGGAACGUACUUCCGGGGGAUUCUUACACGGCCAUAAAGGAGCAGUGUCUGAAACAGAAGCUUUCGAUAUCGCUCAAGAGGCUGAACACGAAUGCGUACGCGAGGUGCGAUUACCCGGUAAGCAACGCGUCCUCCGGGUGCAAGAGUCCGGGCGCCAGUAGCGACGAACUUAGCGAACAGGAACCGGAAGUCGACGCUGGCGAAACGGCCCCGGAUUUUCCGCCCCCGGCGCAUCCGCUCGUGAUGCGACUCGCCGCCACCCCCGUAGCCCACUGCCUGACGGCCACCGGGAGGCGGAUGGACGUGGGCGACGUCGUCUGGGGAAAGAUUCACGGGUUUCCAUGGUGGCCUGGAAAGGUGCUCAGCAUCACCGUGUCGUGCAAGGAAGACGGCACCUCGUCCGGACCCCAGGCUCAUGUCGCCUGGUACGGAUCGUCGACGAGCUCUCUCAUGUCUUGCGAUCAGCUGAGUCCGUUCCUCGAAACCUUCAAGACGCGAUUCAACAAGAAGAAACGCGGACCCUAUAAGGAAGCCAUUAGGCAGGCACAGACUGAAGCUAGAAGUCAGGCUACGCCGGAUGAUGCCGAUAGCGUAUUGAAGGUCUGCGGAUCUCCCCGCGAAGUUAACGUCCUCUCGUGAAAGUCUGCAAGCCAAUUGCCGGCAACGAUUCUGCGAAUCAGCAACGCAAACGCUAUACGCACGCACAGAAUUAUCGUUGUCUUAUUGUAAAAUAGAGUAACAAGGGAUGAAAAAAAAUUGUACAUAUUACUAAGUAUACACCUAUAUAAUAUUAGCGGUUAUUAUUAUUAUUAUUAUUCUUUAUUAUCGGUUGAUGUUACACGUAUUUUGAUGCAAUGAUCAGCAUUGUUGUGUUCUCGCGAUAACUGUCGGUCUUUAACGUAUAGGUAUACUUAUAUGGGUUCGUAUCUAUAUAAUCGUAGUCGUAUAAACAGACUAUGCAUCUGUAGAUAUUUUAAAUCGACGGUGUUCCCUAAUUGCCAUGAAUUUUUUCCCGCAAAUCGUCGACGAAAUUGUAAAGAUAAUUUUUUUCAAGAUUGGGAGGGUUGUCGGGACCGUUUUAUAGAUCGUCUCAUCCGAUUGCCCGUGCUCCUCGAUUUCAAAACUCUACAUCCGCCAACAAAACCCGAUGUACUUUGAGUUUUUAACGUGCUCAGAAACGUGUAGCUUUAACAGUAAAAUUAUUUGAUAAAGGAGAGAAGAAAAAAAAUCGUUUUGUAUAAAAUUUUGUAUUCUUUCGUUUUCAUUAUUGUUUUGGUUUUUUUUUUAAAUCUUUUAUUAAACAUGUUUCUUGGUUGAUGAAUUGAAAAAUUAGAUUUUAUUCAAAUAACUGCGAUGAAUUAUUGCAAUCAAUCCGUUCUUUCCCCUCUCUAUCACAAUAUCAUGUUUGAUCAAUUUUCACAAACAUCUUAUGUUCUACCUAGAACGCUACAAUUAUACACAUGUGUUACUGUAUUUUCCUUUGGUCCUUUCUUUCGGUGAAAAAUCAAAGAGGAUGCAGGCCGGGUUGAGACGAAAAAUCCCGCGAUCAUCUUUCAGAUUACCUCGAGUCGACAAGCGUGUCGCAUAUAGUGGAUUACCUAUAAGAAAAAUGAGAACAAAUGAUCUUGCAAUUAAGAUCGCUCGUCCAGACUUCGUCUAAUCAGCAACUAAAACGAACCAAAAGGCAAACAAACUAUCUUAGUGUUCACACAAUUACCACUGGCUGUUGUUCCUCACAAACUAUUAUAAAUAUACAAAGAACUUUAUACACGUACAUAUAUUUUUAUUUAACGAAUAAAUAGGGCGAAUUCUCAUCAGAAUAUAAAUUCAUAGUCCUCCCGCUGCUACGGCAACCGCGGGUCGCGAGCUUCCGUACUUAAAACAAGUUGAUCAUGGGUUAAAGUUUCAUUGUCGGUGUUGGCUCUUCGUAAGAUACUAAUCGCAUCCAAGAAACUGCCAAGUCGAGUCGGACGGUACAAAACUAAUUUUCGCUAUCAUUUUCCACGUUUAAUUUUCAAGGAUGUGAGCUCUGUAUAAACGAUUUAAAUUCUCUCAUCAUCGGCUACGUAGGUACGAUUUUAUCAUUUUCGUUCACACGUUUUGAGCAACGAGAAAGAUGAGGCUGCAGAUGGUUGCGGUUCAUCUAAUCGCCUCGGAUAAGCGGAUAAGAAAUCAGUGCCGUAUCUCGGUUUACCGCAGUACUCAGUUCAACUAUCGGUAUUCCCGGAUCGUCGGGUCCGUUCGGGUCGCGUCGCGCGAUUCUUUUUAAUUUCCCUUAUCCGCUUCGUUGAGUUUGAAAAAGUCAUGUGGAAAAGUCUCAUUAUUAUGACUACUGCCGGUUCGAAAUAAAAGAUCGAUACGUAACGGGAUAAAUUAUAUACUUUGGUCAUUUUACUGGGACAAUGACUGGGUGUCUGAGGGAUUUUGCAGUUUUAUUUCGUCUCCCAGGUAAAUUGCGUUACUCACAGCUUUUCGUUUUUGAGCUUGUUCGUUUGUUUUCUACUUCUGAAAUAGUCACGUACCUUUUCUCAUUAGUUUUUACUUGUGAAAGACUUGACGCGAGAAGACACUAAUUUAUUCCAUCCAUCGCUGAGAGAAGCACUCAUAAAAUUGAACCGAUACUGGAUGGCCUCGAACGUAAAUAGAAAAUCAGCCAAACAAGUAACCCGGAAUAAUCUAACUGAAAGUUUUUCUCACGUUCGCAUGUCUUGUCUCAUUCCAAUAUUAUUCUUUUUUUGGACGUACGAGAUACGCGACGGAAGUUAAACUUGCGCAAUGUUCUCUUCUUUAAAAUCUUGUCUAAUUAUUGUUAUUGUUGUAGCGCUAUUUAUAUCACGAUUAUAAUUGCAAUGAUUAUAUAUUCCUUAACCGUGUUAUGGUCGUCGCGCAAUAUUCAUCGACUCUCAGUACAUGCCGUACGUCGAAAUGUUAACAUUUAAGAUUAAAUUUUUUCGGAACAUCGAAUCGUUGAAACCUGUAAUAAUAUACUCACUGGUACAUGCGUCAAACUGCUGUUAAAAAUAUUUUAGGUGUAUAAAAAAAAAAAUAGAAACCGACGAAGUAUUGAUAAGCGAAAUUGUAUUACUCUUUCGUUAGCAAUUUACAACCGUCUAUUGUGCAAAGAACGAAAAGUUUCGAUACACAUCUACGUGUAUACGUGUACCUCUGCUAUCGUAACCAACAAAUUCGCUUAUUUCCUAUACAUAUGCUAUCCUUGAAAUUAUAAAAAUGGUUCUGUUAAAAUUAGGACGUGCGUCAGGAAGUGUUUGAUAAUAUACCAUUAACGUAUAACAGACCGAUACCUACCGACUCGAGAUAUAAAAAAAAAAUACAAACAUAUUGAUAAAUGUCAUAAAACCGAUUCGUUCCUCGAUAAAAUUAUAUGUGCCUACAUGACUACUU